AUGUCGAAACGGGAAGCUUCCUCACCGUCUGCCUCUACCAGUGCAGCUCCAACAAAACGCUCAAGAGCUACUCCGAAGGUCAAUCGGAUCAAAUCUCCUUCUCCUGCACCUUCACCACCGCACAUACAGGUCGCUCGCCUCUCUCAAGAACAUCCGGAAUGGCCUGCGCCUGCUUCCAAGAUGCAAGAAGCAUCCGAAUUCCUCCGGGCAUGCGCAGCCUCACCUCCCGAGGAUCGCAUCCUCCUCGUACCAGAUAAGGACGCAGAUGGCCUCUGCUCUGGAGUCAUCAUGUACCGCACCUUGACUCAAGCUCUCGCAAUUGAUCCUUCUCGAAUCCACAUCCAUCUCAUGACAAAGGGCAGCAAUCCUGCAGCAGAAGCGCAGCGCGAUUCCAUGGCCGAAUACGGCGCCAAGUGGAUCAUCGUGCUGGACCAAGGUUCUCGCAACAGUCCUCCUCUCGUUCCUGGUGCUGAGCACGGCUGGAGGUCAGAUCAUCCCGAAGCGAUUCGAACAAUGGUCGUAGAUCACCACUGGCUAGCACAAGGAGACCCGGGCCCUCAAGGAUGUUUGAUGCUCAACGCAUGCCACCACAAGCCUGUAGCUACAGCAUCCUUACUCACCUUGGUGCUUUGUCGACCCCUGUGGUCCCCCUCGCAGCAAGAAGAAGCCCAGACCUCGAUCGACUAUGUCGCCGUGCUUGGGACAAUGGGUGAUCUCAGUGUCAACGUCGACUGGGACCCGCCCUUCCCCGAUCUCGUCCCUGAGGUCAAGAAGUGGACCAAAAAGCGCCUCGGAUCAGCCAUAGCCCUACUCAACGCACCACGAAGAACUCCCGAUUUCGACGUCAUCACCGCCUGGUCUGCCCUCUCCACCUCAACUUCUCCUCUCACCAUCCUCGAUCCUGCCACCAACCAGCACGCUGCUCGACUCUACUCUGCCCGAGACGCAGUAUCACUCGAAACAGAACGUUGCACGCACACCCCACCCAAAUUCUCCAAGGACGGUCGAGUGGCUCUCCUCCGCAUCACUUCCGCCUACCAAGUCCAUCCAUCAAUCGCAAUACGUUGGACCGGUGCUCUAAAGAGUAAAAAUUUGCAGGUGGUCAUGUGUGCCAACGAUGGGUACAAUCCAGGUUUGGUGAAUUUCAGCUGUCGAAUUGCUCAGGUAGCAAAGAAGCGCGGAGAAGAGGUCAACAUCAUCGAGGUGCUCAACAGUUUUGCCGACCAAGAUCCUGAGUGGAAAAAACAGGUCAUGGAGGCCGUGGGUGGCAACGCUUUCAACGGUCAUCCCCAGGCGAGUGGUGGCAUCUUUCCCAAGGAACAUUUCGACAAAUUCUACGAACUCAUGCAGAUCGGUGUUCCUCCAGAUGGAUCAAAUCGAGCCGGCGAGGGUGGUGCAAAGGGUGCUAAGAACAAGAUGCCAGCUCAGAAGAACAACCUCUUGGCCAUGGGUUUCUCCACUUCGCCCAAAACGAAGCAGCCACAAGAAACAGCUUCGUCCUGA